UGUCUAUCCCGGGGUACCGAAGCCUCAUUUGAAUUUUUUUAAGUGUUGUGCAACGAUUUUGGCAAAAAUUUCGCUACGGAUAGUCUUCUAACGUCUAGUAGAAUACAUUUCAACAGUUGUCUUGGGUGGCUAUGUUAUCUUUACUCGGACCUAUUUUCAAUUGUUGCUGUACUAAAGUUGAAAAUUGUACAUUUACCAAAAUCGCUCCCACAUGAUGUGGCGAAUGCCUUACAACGUUGGACAUAUCGUGUGGCAUAAGUAUGGACGCAUUUCUAGUUUUGACGAACUGCACCUGUCAAAUAAAGUACAUUGUACCAGCGAACUCGUAACAUCAAUACUAGAGUGGUACAUGUUUGUAUUUGUGCUUUUGUAGUCUUGUGCUUUACCUAAUCAGCCAGUGAAUAGACAGACAAGUCCACAGGACCGUAUAGAUUUCACAUAAUUUUUCUAUUUGAGAAAAAUCUCCAAUUAAUCAUAAAAUUUGGACUGGUAUUAUGCUAAAAUUUUAUUCCUUAAUUCGUCCAUUGUUACUCAGUGAAAACAGGCGACUCUCUUUGUCAAGAUCGUUUAUCGUUGCAGCACUAAAAGCUCAUAGUGCUGUUAAAUUGGAACAUUGUCCUAAGCAUACCAUGGGAGUGCCUUUAGCAGAUGUACUAUCAAAGUUGGAGGAGUUAGCACCACUCAAACUAGCAGAAUCGUGGGAUAACGUUGGACUUCUUGUAGAACCAGAACGAAAUGGUGUUGUUAAAAAUGUGCUGGUCACUAUCGAUCUUACAGAAAAUGUGGUUGAUGAGGCAUUAGAAAAUGAGGCAGAACUGAUUAUAUCAUAUCAUCCUAACAUUUUUCGGCCCAUAAAAUGUGUUACCCAGAGUCAUUGGAAGGAGAGGAUUAUAACAAAGUGCAUCAGAAAUGGUAUAGCAGUAUUCAGCCCACAUACAUCAUGGGAUGCUAUCAAAGGUGGUGUAAAUGAUUGGUUAUGCUCAGCUUUUAAGAGCAAAACUAGCAAGCCUAUUAUGCCAAACUCAGAAAAUAGCAGCAUAGGAAUGGGAAGAUUUUUUGAACUAGAAUCACCAGUAACUUUGAAGAAAGCAAUUGAAGAUGUUAAACAGCAUAUAGGAUUGUCUCAUGUUCGAAUAGGUGUUGGACGAGAUAAGUGCCCAGAUACUGACUUGAUAUCAACUGUUGCUGUGUGUGCAGGCUCUGGAGGUUCAGUUCUUGCUGGAGUUAAAGCCGAUUUAUAUCUAACAGGGGAAAUGUUGCACCAUGAUGUGCUUGAAGCAACACAAAAAGGAACCAGUGUAAUUCUUUGUAAUCACAGUGAUUCGGAAAGAGGUUACCUUAAAUCAUUUCAAAAACAAUUCAAAGUUGAAGGAUUGAAUGUGAUAGUUUCUAGGGUUGAUAAAGAUUGUCUUACAAUUGCUUAAUAAAUAUUUAUUGCUACUUUA